AUAAAGCAAAACACUAAAAAUCUCGCUCUAAAUAUUUAAUAUUUAUUGAGAUUAAACCGAUGAAAAUGAUUAUCGAUCAGCGAACGAGCUGCCGAAUUCGGUUUGAAUGCACAAACCACUCAGCAACUGAGCUGAAUGUAUAAAUAUGAGGCAACCUCGGCUCAACAAUUCAGUUCUGCUCCGAGUGAAGACGUCAAACAAGUCACAACAGCACACGAAAAUCAAAAUGAAAUAUUUUAUUAUUGCGAUCCUUGCAAUUGUUGCACUGGCGCACGCCGAAGAUGAAUGGAAGGUGAAGACAGCAGCCGAUAUCAAGGUAAUCCGUCAAGAAUGCAUCAAGGAAUUCCCGCUGAGCGAAGAAGACAUCCAGAAGAUGAAGAACUUUGAAUACCCCGACGAAGAGCCAGUGCGCAAAUAUUUGCUUUGCACUGCGAAGAAAUUGGGCAUCUUCUGCGCGCAUGAGGGCUACCACGCCGACCGCGUUGCCAAGCAAUUCAAAAUGGAUUUGGAUGAAGCUGAGGUAUUGACCAUUGCACAGGGUUGUGCGGAUAAGAACGAACAGGGUAGCAGCGCUGAUGUGUGGGCCUAUCGCGGUCACAAGUGUCUGAUGGCCAGCAAGGUUGGUGAAAAGGUGAAAGCCUUCAUCAAGAAGAGGAUGGAAGAAGCACAAAAACAGUAGAUAAGCGCAAUGGAAUUCGAUGAAUUAAUAUACUAAGUUUUGAUAAAUAAGUAUUUUUCAAAUUAUGAAUGUUUUCGGCAGGGGCAUUUUUGUUCAAAAAAAAAAAAAAGAUACUCGUGAGCACAGAAAAACUUUGUGAAAUAUAACAGUUGGAAAGUUAAAGGGUUAGUAGACCUAAUAACUAGCAAACUGAGUACAUAUCGAUUACAUAAAUUUAGUAAGUAAUAUUCGACCACACGAGAGUCUAAUUCACACUUUCAGUGAGGUCAAACAAUUUUUGUUUUUAUUAAAUGUGAUUCCAUAUCUCGGCUGCUUCAA